AUGCGACUGAUUUUUCUCCACAUAACAAAACCUUCUCUCCGUCUCUUUUUCUAUGGCUCAAAAAGGAAGAGAGAAGGCUGCCUGGACUGUUCUGACUACUUUAUGGCUGUAGCUGUGCUGACAUCAAAAAUGAGUGAAGACCCAAAUACACAGGUAGGGGCUUGUAUUGUGAACCAGGACAACAAGGUAGUUAGCACUGGUCACAAUCAAAUGCCCAAAGGCGGUAAGGACAAGCUACCAUGGGAACAAAAAAAGGAGGACGAGCAUGACACUAAGUACCCUUAUGUGUGCCAUGCAGAGCUGAAUGCCAUCAUGAACAAGAACAGUGCUGAUGUGAAGGGCUGCACUAUCUAUGUGACUCUGUUCCCCUGCAACGAGUGUGCCAAGCUCAUCAUCCAGGGAGGCAUUAAGGCGGUGGUCUAUCUUUCUGAUAGGUAUAAGGACAGAGACUCAACAAUCGCUUCCAAGAAGAUGCUCAACUUGGCUGGCAUACCAUACGAGCAAUUCAAACCCAAGGGGGCAGCUGAGAUUGUCAUCAAUAUUAGAGAGAGGGCAGAGGGAGAAUGA